AUGGCAGGUACUAUACAAGGGAUCUUGGGGGAUGAAAAUCCUGAGGCCAUCAUUGCUACCACUAUUGUCUGCUAUUGUAUAAGUUCCAUGAUCACUGGAGCUGUCUUCUUCAGCAUGGGAGCGCUAAAGUUCGGCUACUUGGUUGGAUUCAUUCCUCGCCACAUACUCAUUGGAUGCAUUGGGGGUGUUGGUUGGUUCUUGAUCCAGACAGGUUUUGAAGUCUCCGCUCGUUUGGAAGGGAGCUUCAGCUACGAUCUUGAUACACUGAAGAUCAUGUUCCAACCCGAGAAGGUUCCUCUCUGGAUAAUACCCCUUGCUCUGGCUAUUAUCCUAUUCAACCUUCAGAAGCGAUUUUCGGACAACAACCUUGUCCUUCCGCUAUUUAUAUGCGCUGAGCCUGCUAUCUUUUGGUUCUUUGUCUUAGCCCUUGAUACCCUUAAUCCGGCGCCACUCCGUAGCAGUGGGUGGAUAUUCGAGGCGCCGCCUGCCGAUGAGCCAUGGUGGUUCUUCUAUACGUUGUUUCGAUUUGAUCUUGUCCACUGGGGUGCUGUUGCUGAAUGCAUCCCUGCUAUGCUAGCGUUGACGUUUUUCGGUAUUUUGCAUGUACCAAUCAAUGUGCCUGCUUUGGCUCUUCAGACUGGUGAGGACCAUGCGAACUUGGAUCAUGAGCUCAAACUGCACGGGUACUCAAACUUCCUGUCCGGGUGUGCUGGGAGUAUUCAAAAUUACCUUGUCUAUGCUAACAGCCAGUUCUUCAUCAAAUCGGGAGGUAACAGUCGGCUCGCUGGAUUCAUGCUCGCUGGGCUUACUGUUGUUGUUAUGAUCACCGGACCCAUCAUCAUAGGCUUCAUCCCCGUUAUGAUGGUCGGCACUCUCAUCUUUGUGCUUGGCUUUGAGCUUUUCCUGGAAGCUGUCUGGCUGCCCCGGAAGAAGCUCAAGUUUCUUGAAUAUAUUACGGUAGUUGUUAUUGUGCUCGUCAUGGGCAUCUACGACUUUGUGAUUGGCAUCGGUAUUGGUAUCUUGCUAGCGUUUGUAUCUUUGAUUUUCCAAACAUCGAGGGUAUCGGCAGUCACUGCCACCUAUGCUGGUGAUAUCGUUGGCUCGACCGUCAGAAGAAACCCAACACAACAGCAUUAUCUAAAGAAAGUCGGACGGCAGAUCUACUUGAUCAAGCUCGCCGGCUUUCUUUUCUUUGGCACCGUUGUCACCUUGGAGGAGAAGGUCAGAGAACUCAUCGCGGACAAUGAAUUUAGUCAACGGCCGAUCAAGUACCUGAUUCUUGACUUGCGUCAAGUUACAGGCCUGGACUACUCCGCGGGAGAGGCCUUCAACACUAUCAGCCGGUUGCUCAAAGCUAAGCAAGUUGUACUUGUUUUAAGUGGCGUGGGUGAGGAAGACCCUAUAGGCCGUGAACUACUCGCGGUCGGACUUGGAUCUUCUGACAAGGACACACGUCUGAUGUUCUGUCCGACUCUCAACUCUGCCUUGGAGAGUUGUGAGAAUGAGUUACUGAAGACAUUCUAUACGAGUCAAGAUGCCGUUCAGACAGCUCAUCCUAAGCCCACGGACAGUCUAGAUGUUCCCGGGAAGAAGUCGCUCUCGCCGGCUUUGGACCUAAUAUCUAGUUCUCCGCGUCGCAGUCACCUUCACGCAGCCGCGAGAGAGUCUCUGACACCUAACGAAGUGACACGUUUAUCUCGUUGGCAGAAUUUCAAGGAACCCAUCCGGCUGAUGCUGCAAAUUUUCCAGGACCUCAGCGACAAGAAUGAGGACUUCUGGGUUCGAGCAAAGGAUUAUUUUGUGAGACGAGAGCUAUCCGAAGGCGAGAUCGUCUUCCGCACCGGGGAGGAACCCAAUGGGUUCUUUCUCGUGGAACAGGGAAUCCUGCGAGCCGAGUACAACCUGCCUCAGGGCUGGCUGUGCGAGAGCAUCGUAGCAGGAACCACCUGCGGCGAGCUGCCAUUCUUCUCGGAAACCAAACGCACGGCCACGGCUCUAGCAGAACGAGAUACAGUUGUUUGGGAGAUGGACAAGGAAAACUGGGACAAGAUGCAGAAGGAGGAGCCGGAUGUGGCUCAAGAAUUGCUGCGAAUCUCGCUGAAGCUCACGAGCGAACGGAUGAGCAGCAUCACCUCCAUCUUGAAGAAGUUAAAUAGACUAACGGCCAUAUCAAACUGUAACGGUGGCAAGAAGAAGAAAGCCGCCAACAGAGACAACGAAGACGAGGAGGACUUCUUCGGCGACAAGCUUGACGACUAUGGUCUUGUCAAGAUCCUGGCGACGGACCUGACGCUUCGCGACGUACCGCAGGCGAUGCGCUACAGCCGCGAGCGCAUGUUUACGCCCAUGCCGGAGCAGGGCGCGGGCAUGAGCUCGACGCGCAUCACCGAGGUGCUCAACUUCCGGAGGCGCCUGCCGCCUGUCACCACGACGGCGCACUUACAGGCGCUGCUUCUAUCGCCGACUGCGGUCGAGCGCGAGACAGCCGAGCUGAUCCGCGCCGGCACCGUGCGGAAGAUUGUUGUCCUGCGGCGUGGCGGGGUCGGCGAGUCUUUGGUGCAGUUUUCGGACCUGGAAAGGAUGCUCAAGGACAGCAGCGGCGUUGAUGAAGAGACCAAGGAGGCGUUUCUGAUGUUUCUAAAGGAGAAUCCCGCGGCGCAGAAGGUGCCGCGUGCGAGGCUUCCGCCACGCCAGGCAGACCAGCUGGUCAGGGCCGGUUUCCUCACGGCGCACUUGCACCAUGAUGUGGGCACCAUUACGGGGACGUUCUCAAGAGCUGAGGACAGGGGCACGAUGAUCUCACUCGCGACAGUGUCCCGGGCCGCAUCUGGCUCUCUUGAAGCCGUGGGCGGCCAGGGGGCUGUGCAUGCCGCGGGCGGAACAGGCGGUGGUUCCGGCGGCGCGUCCGGAGGGGAAGUCGGAGACCUAUCACUUGCGGUCCCCGGCAAUGGUACAUUUCUGAAGCUGGUCUCUGCGGCAUUGGCUCACCUGACCUCCAUACUUGCUAAGGCGCCGUACAAAGAAUGCCCCGAGACCAUGCUAAAGGAGAGAUGGGAUGGAGGUGUUGCCAAAGAUGAGGCAAGAUUUGCAGCCAAGAAGGAACGCCGGGAGUUUGUUGGAAUUCUACCAGGACGGACCAGAAAGUGGAAGGAAUUCUAUGGUCUGUCUUUUGAAUGGAUUCUCCAUGAGGCCGUAGGGGCUGGCUUGAUUGAAGUCUUCGAUACUAGGAGUGUCGGCCGAGGUGUGCGUCUGGUUUGA